AUGGCGUCGCGAGAAAUGAGUCUCGCACUUGCGCCUGGCACUCCGGGCGGUCGUCUCGGUUGCCGGCGCCUGGCACACCGGGCGCUCGCCCUGCAGCCGCGAGGCGGCCGUCGGGUAGGCGGCAGGUGCCUGCCCGGCUUUGACCCAGAGAGCCCACCUCCGGAGGUCGAGGCCAAGGAGCAAAAGAGGCCUCCCGAGCAAGUUCUGAAGCUCGAGGCACGUCAGCAGGCGCGGAAAGAGGAGCUCAAGCGGAAGGCCCAGAAGAAGCAGAAGAAAGAGAAGAAGGAGAAGAAGGCGAAAAAGAAGAGCAGCUCGGGCUCCGAGAGUUCCGACUCCUCGGAGUCCUCGAGUUCCUCGAGCUCCAAGAAGAAGCGAAAGCAGAAGGAGAAGAAAGCCAAGAAAGCCAAGAAGAAGGACAAGAAAUCGAAGAAGGACAAGAAGUCAAAGUGA